UGAACAUUUUCAUUUCAUCGUUUUACAAUUUAAAACCCUAAAAGAACAAAACGAAGCAGCUACCCAUCAAAUCAAACCAAGACUUAGAUUCCACUCACAUAACUCAACUUUACUCGCCGGAAAACGCACUCAAAAUUCUUCGCCGGCCGCCACAAACAAAGCUCUUUCGUCAAUGGGAGAUUCUGAGGAUGCCUUUCCAUCAUCAAAGAAAAGGGCUGCUGGACGGGAGCUCACCCGAGACACUCCUCUUGACGAUGAUGAGGAAGAUUCCGCUGACCUUGAUGCUGGAACUUUCAAGAGAGCCAGUGAUGAGGUUCUGGCAACACGAAGAAUAAUCAAAGUAGCACGUCGCCAGCAGACUAAUUCUGCUCCUUCUUCAAACCCUUUUGCUGCAAUACGGUUGGCUGCUCCUGCGGAAUCCAACGCCAAGCCUGGUGAAGCUGCUACCGUAACACAACCAGAGAAAGCUAAAGAUGAAGAAACUAAGCAGCCAGAGGGCGAAACUCGUGAGGUGGAGGACAAAUCUACUUCAAAUAACGAUGCUGCAGAAAAAAGCAAUGAAAAGAAGGAGCUUGCCGAGAAGGAGAGUGAUGGUGACAACAAGUCGAAGGUAGAUAAUGAACAGAGUAAGGACGGAAAUAAGAUUGAAAAUGAGGAUAAGAAGAAUGCUGCUGAUAAGGAGAGUGUGAGUGUGAAUGAUAUAGAACAAUCUACGGAAGAAAAAAAUACCGAGAACAAUGAUAAGAACGAAAAUAGUGAAAGCAAGGAUAAGGAAGAUAACAAAGUAAGUAACGAGCCUACUGCUGAAGGUGGCGCUUUAAAAUCAUUUCAACAGCUUUCGAGUAGUCAAAAUGCCUUCACAGGUCUUGCUGGAACCGGAUUUUCUUCUUCUCUGUUUUCUUUCGGACCUAUAUCAAGUGACGGGUCUGCUUUGGGUAGUGGGUCCGGUUCUAUAUUUGGAAUGAAAACUGACAGGCCUUUGGGUCUGGGUUUAUCUAACACUGGAAGUUCUGUUACUAAGAGCGAUGGAAGUGGCGUCUCAACACUGCAGGAAGUUGUCGUUGAAACUGGCGAAGAAAAUGAGGAAGUAGUUUUCAAUGCAGAUUCAGUGUUGUUUGAAUUUGCAGACGGUGGUUGGAAGGAACGUGGAAAGGGAGAGGUGAAAGUCAAUGUAACUAGUGGAACAGAAAAGAAAGCAAGAGUUCUUAUGAGGUCUAGAGGAAAUUACAGACUGAUUUUAAACGCCCGGCUUUACCCUGAAAUGAAACUCACAAAUAUGGAGAAGAAAGGGGUUACCUUUGGCCAGCAGACUAAUCCUGCUCCUUCUUCACACCCUUUUGCUGCAAUCCGGUUGGCUGCCCCUGCUGAAUCCAACGCCAAGCCUGGUGAAGCUGCUACCGUAACACAACCAGAGAAAGCUAAAGAUGAAGAAACUAAGCAGCCAGAGGGCGAAACUCGUGAGGUGGAGGACAAAUCUACUUCAAAUAACGAUGCUGCAGAAAAAAGCAAUGAAAAGAAGGAGCUUGCCGAGAAGGAGAGUGAUGGUGACAACAAGUCGAAGGUAGAUAAUGAACAGAGUAAGGACGGAAAUAAGAUUGAAAAUGAGGAUAAGAAGAAUGCUGCUGAUAAGGAGAGUGUGAGUGUGAAUGAUAUAGAACAAUCUACGGAAGAAAAAAAUACCGAGAACAAUGAUAAGAACGAAAAUAGUGAAAGCAAGGAUAAGGAAGAUAACAAAGUAAGUAACGAGCCUACUGCUGAAGGUGGCGCUUUAAAAUCAUUUCAACAGCUUUCGAGUAGUCAAAAUGCCUUCACAGGUCUUGCUGGAACCGGAUUUUCUUCUUCUCUGUUUUCUUUCGGACCUAUAUCAAGUGACGGGUCUGCUUUGGGUAGUGGGUCCGGUUCUAUAUUUGGAAUGAAAACUGACAGGCCUUUGGGUCUGGGUUUAUCUAACACUGGAAGUUCUGUUACUAAGAGCGAUGGAAGUGGCGUCUCAACACUGCAGGAAGUUGUCGUUGAAACUGGCGAAGAAAAUGAGGAAGUAGUUUUCAAUGCAGAUUCAGUGUUGUUUGAAUUUGCAGACGGUGGUUGGAAGGAACGUGGAAAGGGAGAGGUGAAAGUCAAUGUAACUAGUGGAACAGAAAAGAAAGCAAGAGUUCUUAUGAGGUCUAGAGGAAAUUACAGACUGAUUUUAAACGCCCGGCUUUACCCUGAAAUGAAACUCACAAAUAUGGAGAAGAAAGGGGUUACCUUUGCUUGUGCAACUGAAGGGAAAGACUGUCUUUCGACAUUUGCAUUGAAGUUCAAAGAUGGGUCCAUAGUGGAUGAUUUUAAGACUGCUAUCACAGCACAUAAGGGUGAGGCGGCGUAUCCAGUUAUCAAGACCCCAGAAAAUUCUCCCAAGGCUUGUGAUGUUUGAGCUAUGUAUCAUCACACUCACUUUAUACUCAAUUUUCUCACAAAGUCACUCUCCUUAGCUGUUAUUUUGUUGUUGUUAUUAUGCCUUUGUAUGGCAGAGUUAAUCAUAUUUGAGACUUUGUUGUACUUUAAUUUGAGUCAAACCUGCAAGUGGUAGAGGGUUUUAAUGUUUGGAUAAAUCUUGGAUCUAUAAUACAAGAACAUUUGUUACUGAAAACUAUAUAUAUUGUUGUUUAAAUUUCAA